AUGGGCUUUAAAACUGAUAACGAAGUCAAGGAUAUAGAUCAAGAAUCUAUUCCUACUAUACAUGAAGUCCAUCGAGGGGGCCGUAAAUCGCUCUAUCUUGCCGGUAUUAUUGCUGCUGGUGGUGGAUUUGUCGUUGGUUUUGAUACUGGUGCUAUCUCGGGCAUCAUGGUCUUGGAACCCUUCCAAGACCGUUUCUUGAAUGUGGAUUCAACUUAUCGUCAAGCAUUACUUGUUGCAAUGAUGUUGUUGACUGCUACUAUCGGUGGACUAGCAUCAGGCAAUGUGUGUGACACCAUAGGUCGAAAGUACACUAUUCUCCUUGGAACAUGGGUAUUUGCUAUUGGUGCUCUUUUCGAAACUAUAGGCUACAACUUUGGAUUACUCAUGGCUGGCCGCUUAUUGGUUGGUUUUGGUGAAGGGUUCUUGACAAAUGCUAUACCUCUCUACCAUACUGAAAUCGCUCCUCCAGACAUCCGUGGUCGUUUGAUUACCCUUUUCAGUGCUACUGCUUCAUUGGGUACGAUCGUAGGCUUCUUUGUUAAUUUUGGAACAUCCUAUCUUACCUCCGACUGGUCAUGGCGAGCACCUUUCUUGAUCCAGGUGGGCAUUUGUGUCUUACUGUCUGUAGUCUACUUUAUGCCUUUCUCUCCUCGUUGGUUAAUUGAUAAGGGGCGUAAAGAAGAAGCCCUUGUGGUUUUGGCUAAACUGCACGAGUCUACAAUCGAUGAUCCUGAAGUGAAGAACGAGUUUAAGAGUAUCUGUGAAGAAAUUGAAACCGAGCGAUCCUUUGGUGACCGUACAUUUGUUGAAUGCUUCCGAGGAACAAACAUGAAACGCACUCUGCUUGGUCUUUUCGCUGGUAAUGGUGCUGCCUUUACUGGAACAUAUUCCAUUAGUUACUAUACUCCUCAAAUCUUUCAACAGGCUGGUUUGAAUGAUACUGCGAUUUCUUUGGCAACCAGUGGCGCUAGUAAUGUCUUGGUGCUUAUCUUUACCAUACUUACUAUGAUGUAUGUUGACAAGGUCGGACGUCGUCUCGUGUUUGCUUCUGGUGCCUUUAUCAUGGGAGCAUCAAUGUAUAUUGUUGGUGGUCUUUUCCAAGGCUAUAAUACUAUUGGUGAAGAUGGCAGCAUUGGGUUAGCAAACAGCAAUGCUCGUAACUGUGUCAUUGCACUUGUGUUUAUUUUCCAGGCCGCUUAUGCCUACAGCUGGGGACCUGUGGCCUACAUUUACCCUGCAGAAAUAUCCAACAUGCGUACACGUGCCAAGGUGAUUGCUUUAGCUUACGGUAUCAACUGGGCUAUUGGUAUCUUUAUGACAUUUAUUAUGCCUAUAUUCAUGGACAACACAAUUUACGGUGGUUAUUACUUCUUUGGCGCCUGUUGCACUGUGCUCUUCUUGGGAAGUCUCUUUAUUCCAGAAACUAAAGGCAAAACACUCGAGGAAAUUGAUCGUAUUUUCAACCCAAUGUAA